UGGCUGGAAACAUUCAAAGUAGGUGAGGGUGCGUCUCCCUCUCUCUUUCUCAGUCUACGAGCUGCGCCCUAAGUGGCUCAGGUAAUUGAUUUUACCAUUACAGUAAAUUGUGUUUCCCACUAAUCGGGGAAGUACCAAGGUGACUGACAGUUGGGCUGUUUGACUUGACCUGCAGUUGUUGACAGAUAAUAAUGAAGCUUUGUGAAGCCAUGAUGGACAUGGAUAUGCCAGACUACACUGAAACCCUGGACUCCUCUUACACCAUGCUGGAAUUUGAUAGCAUUCGAGUGCUUCCAAGUAACACAGAAAUUAUUACAGUAGAAACUGCCAGUCCAGGAUUACUCAGUAAUGGAAUAAACUCAUUUUGUGCUAUUUGUGGAGAUCGGGCAACUGGAAAACAUUAUGGGGCUUCAAGCUGUGAUGGCUGCAAAGGAUUCUUCCGAAGGAGUGUCCGUAAGAAUCAUGUCUACGCAUGCAGAUUCAGCAGACAGUGCAUCGUUGACAAAGACAAAAGAAAUCAAUGCAGGUAUUGCCGCCUGAGAAAAUGUUUCCGAGCUGGGAUGAAGAAGGAAGCUGUGCAAAACGAACGUGACCGGAUAAGUAUGCGCAGAAGCAGCUAUGAGGACAAUGGUUCCCUGUCCAUCAGUGUUCUUACACACGCUGAGGCUAUGGUGCAUCAGUACUCCCCUCUGAGCCCACUUCAUAGUUCUGAUAUUUCAAUGAAGAAAAUUGCCUCUAUUAGUGAUGUCUGUGAGUCCAUGAAACAACAGCUCCUUCUCCUGGUAGAGUGGGCUAAAUACAUCCCAGCCUUUUGUGAGCUUCCUCUGGAUGAUCAGGUUGCACUGCUCAGGGCACACGCUGGGGCUCACCUUCUCUUGGGAGUCGCUAAACGUUCGCUUCCUUACAAAGAUUUUCUGUUACUAGGUAAUGAUUUUAUCAUGCCAAUGCAUUGCCCAGAGCUUGAAGUUGCCCGUGUCGCUUCCCGAAUCUUAGAUGAGUUGGUGAAACCUCUGCGUGAAAUUCAAAUUGAUGACAAUGAAUAUGCAUGCCUUAAAGCAAUUAUAUUCUUUGAUCCAGAUUGUAAAGGACUUAGUGAUCCAACAAAAGUGAAGAACAUGCGGUUCCAGGUACAAGUAAAUCUAGAAGAUUAUAUUAACGACCGGCAGUAUGAUUCCAGGGGGAGGUUUAGCGACAUCCUUCUUCUCCUUCCACCACUCCAGAGUAUCACGUGGCAAAUGAUUGAACAGGUUCAAUUUGCAAAGCUCUUUGGAGUUGCUCGGAUAGACAGCUUACUGCAGGAGAUGUUACUGGGAGGAUCAACUAUGGAUGGAGGUCAAUAUAUUAAUUCAGGACAAUCCAGCUUGAACCUUGAUCUACUUCCUGGACCCACAGUCCAUCCUCACAGCCUUAAUUCGGUGAUACACACUGUAUCCUCCUCAUCUCCAGAAACUUCUCUACCUUCACCUCCCCUCAACCCAACUGGUGAAGACUACAAAAUGAACACAGCCACUCUAUCCUCCAUCCCACUAAUGCCACGCACUGUCAUUGCUAAAAAAGAAAUGCUAUAGAGGAGAACCAUCUUGCCUGCAAAUUCAUUUUCAUGUGCUUAGAGAGAACUACACAGACCCUACAAAUAAAAUGCGCAUGGGACACAAGUUCAAUUAUUUUAGCUUCAAGCAAUUAUUGAUGAUGUUUUAGCCUGUGCAAUAAUAAUUUGAGAAAAAUGCAGUUCUUUCUGCUUUAAUCCUUGGAAGAUUCCGAUAACCCCUGUCAAUUCAGAAACAGCUCAUUGGUGAAGAUACACAGGGACAAAGGUCUGGUCACUGUGCAGAGCACAAUACAUGCUAAUAUUCAUGACAAUUUGAAUUCAGCUAAAUUGAAGGUCAGAUAAACUAUUCCAUCAUUGUUAAUAUUUUCCACUGAAUUCACAAGGAAUUAAGAAUGAAGACCACCUGAAACCCAUCUUCCUGACCACUGACUGCUUACAUUCUUGGUAUAGAUGAAAAUACACUCUUUUCUCCCCAUCCAUUAAUGGUUAUAAUCAAAGGACAUUUGCCUGCAUUUAAGAUAGUCUUUGCCAUGUUCAUACACAAGUUGGCCUUACUGCCAUCAAAAAAAUAGAUGGCAGUUGUUAUUGAGUCAUGAGUUCAUGUAAAUGGUAAGUAUUUCCAAAAAUAUAAAUACUUGAACAAGUGAAAACAAUAAACAACAGAAUAUG